UAAUUUGGGCAGAAACUGGCAACCGGAGAAUGUAAUGGAAAGGAAAAGCAGUUGAAAAUGCUCUGAAGUCAAAAUUCUUACGGAAUGUCAGUUCUUAUCUAAUACUUAAUUCUAUUUAAUUUAUAAUCAUUGCCUAGCUAUUUUUCGAAAGUCAUAAAUAUGAUCGGCGAUGUUACAUUAUUCGUAUUCUCAUUGAUUGAUAUUGGUGCUUUGCUGUUUCUCACUGUUUAUGUUGUCAUAACUCUAUCUGAUCUCGAAUGUGAUUAUUUAAAUGCUCAACAAUGUUGCUCUAAAUUAAACAGAUGGGUUCUUGCUGAAAUCAUAGCUCAAGCCCUGGUUACUUUGUUUUUGUUAAUUGAGUGGCAUUGGAUUUUGUUCCUCAUAAACUUGCCUAUGACAUGUUGGCAAGUGUAUAAAAAAGUGACUGUCCCAUCGGGAAAUUUUGGUAUAUAUGAUCCUACAGAAAUUCACAAUAGAGGAAAUUUGAAACAACAUAUGAGAGAUUCCAUGAUUAGAUUAGCUUUCUAUUUGAUCUUCUUCUUUGUUUAUUUGUAUUGCAUGAUAAUAUCCCUUCUUAUGAAAUCUCCAGAAGGUAAUUCAUCGGAAGAAAUGUUUUAAAGAACUUUCUUAUAAGGCAAGAAGAUCUAUGUUCAUAACUUCAAAAUUUGUUUCAUUUUAAUUUUAGCAAUGUAAUUAUCAUUUUCUUGUGUAUGAUUUUUUGGAGCACUGUGUUCCUCUUUUUAUUAUAAUAAAUUCUUAUUUAAUUUUA